AUGUCUUCCUCUUCUCGCCCAUCGCCGCCACCGCUCCGUACAGCAACAAUGCAUAUUGCCUUGGCAAUCGUCUUUGUGAUCAUCUCUGUCACUUUUACGGCUGACGUGCGUGCCUUGGAUGUCCAAACGGUCAUCAACUCUCCUUUACUGACGGAAAAGAUUAGCACCAACCGCACAAUCAAGGUCGAUAUUAAUGGGGAUGGGGAAUUCAAAUCUGUCCAAGCGGCCAUUGAUUCUGUUCCUGAAGGCAAUUCGCACUGGGUCAUCAUCCAUGUUAGGAAAGGGGUCUACAGAGAAAAGGUGCACAUUCCAAAAAACAAGCCAUAUAUAUUCCUGAGAGGGAAUGGGAGAGGAAGAUCGGCAAUUGUAUGGGCUGAAAGCUCUUCUGAAAACGUGGCAUCUGCUACUUUUAGGGUCGAAGCCACCAAUUUCAUUGCCUUUGGGAUUAGCUUCAAGAAUGAGGCUCCCACUGGGGUCGCUUAUACGUCACAAAAUCAGUCAGUGGCAGUAUUUGUUGGUGCAGACAAAGUAGCAUUCUACCACUGCGCAUUCUACAGUACACAUAACACUCUCUUUGACUACAAAGGCAGGCAUUACUACGAUAAUUGUUACAUCCAAGGCUCCAUCGACUUCAUCUUUGGCCGUGGCAGAUCCAUCUUCCAUAGCUGUGAGAUCUUUGUGAUUUCAGACAAGAGGGUGAAGAUUCAUGGAUCUGUCACAGCUCAAAACAGGGAAAGUAAAGACGAGAAUAGUGGGUUUGUGUUUGUCAAAGGCAAGGUGUAUGGCGUUGGUGAUGUAUACUUGGGGAGAGCAAAAGGUGCAUAUUCCAGAGUGAUUUUUGCAAAGACAUACCUCUCUAAGACCAUUGUACCGAAGGGCUGGACCAAUUGGAGCUUUGACGGUGCCACAGAGAAUCUACACCACGCGGAGUUUAAGUGCCAUGGACCGGGAUCGGAGUCAGAAGAGCGUGCUCCUUGGUCGAAACAACUCACUGAAAAAGAAGCUGCCCCCUUCCUUUCUAUAGAUUACAUUGAAGGCAGGGAAUGGCUGCCGGUGUGGAUAUGA